GACAGGGGUGCUCUGUGGUCCUCACAGGACUGCGGGUCCCCAAUUGAGAUGCAGACCUGCAGGGCCCGGAUCCACCAGCAGAUGGAGAAGGAGCUGCAGCUGCGUGCCGGUGCCGAGAACCUGUACCGGGCCACCAGCAACAGCCGGGUCCGAGAGUCCGCGGCCCUGGAGCUCGGCCGCGUCAACUGCAGCCUGCAGCUGCUGAAGGAGGAGCUGCAGGAGCUGGGCCGCAGCCCUGACGCCGCCUGGCCCAGCAGUCCUGGCAUCGCUGGCCCCAUGAUCCCGCUGGGCCUGAAGGAGACCAAGCAGCUGGAUUGGGCCACGCCCCUGCAGGAGCUCAUCUCGGGGCACUUCGGGGAGGAUGGUGCCUCGUACACAGAGGAGAUCCAGCAGCUGGCGCGCCUACGGCAGGCCGCACGGACCCCGAGCCGGGAUGAGGCAGGCCUGGAGCUGCUGGCCACCUACUACCAGCAGCUGUGCCUCCUGGAUGCCCGCUUCUGCACGCCCGCCCGGAGCCUGGGGCCCGUCUUCCACUGGUACGACUCUCUUACGGGGCUCCCAGCCCAGCAGCGGGCACUGGCCUUUGAGAAGGGCAGCGUGCUGUUCAACAUGGGUGCCCUCCACACCCAGAUCGGGGCAGGCCAGGACCGCAGCUGCACCCGGGGCGCCUGGCUGGCUCGUCAGGCCUUCCAGAAUGCUAUGGGGACCUUCAGCGUCCUGAGGGCCAAUUUCUCCCAGGCACCCAGCCCAGACAUGAGCGCUGCCUGCCUCUGCACCCUGGAGGGGCUGAUGGCUGCCCAGGCCCAGGAGUGCGCCUUCGAGGGCCUCUUGCUGGCCAGCCCUGCAGCUCACCACGACCACUUGGCCCAGGAAGCCGCCCAGGUGGCUGCAGAAUACAGGCGCGUGCAGGGAGCCUUGGCCCAGGCGCCCGCCCGCAGCUGCCUCCCUGCCUCCUGGACAGCACUUGUGCAGGUCAAGGCUGAGCACUUCAAGGCCCUGGCCCACUACCACGCAGCCACGGCGCUCAGCCACUGCGCCCCGGCCGCUCAGGGAGCUCCCCCGCCCCACGUCCUGGUCCUCCCCACGGAGCCGGAGGAGCGCCGGCGGCUGGCCAAGGCCCACCUGCGGCGCGCCAUCCUGGGCCAUGAGGAGGCCCUGCGGCUGCACAGGCUCGGCAGGCCCCGUGCCGUGGACCUGCUGCAGGCGGCCAUUUCCCACGCCCUGCGGCGCUCCCUGGCCAGCUACACGCAGCUGGAUCGCGAGGACGACUUCUGUGAGGUUGCCGAGGCCCCCGACAUCCUGCCUAAGACCCAGCAGAAGCCAGAGGUCAAAAUCCCCAACCUGGCCAGGGUCAAGGUGACUGACAUCUUCCACCGCCUGGGACCCCUGUCGGUAUUCUCAGUCAAGAACCGGUGGCGGCUGGUGGGGCCGGUUCACCUGAGCCGCGGAGAGGAGGGCUUCGGCCUCACGCUGCGGGGAGAUUCGCCCGUCCUGAUCGCCGCUGUGCUUCCUGGUGGCCGGGCUGCGGCGGCCGGCCUGAAGGAGGGCGACUGCAUCGUGGCCGUGAACGGGCAGCCCUGCAAGUGGUGGACACACACGGAGGUGGUGGCGCAGCUGCGGGCUGUGGGUGAUGCUGGCGCCAGCCUGCAGGUGGUAACCCCACUGCCUGGCCCUGCACCUCUGGCCACGGGGGACCAACCACCGGCCCUGGCAAAAAGGACCCCAGAGGACCAAGGUGGAGAACCAAUUCCUGCCCAGGCCAGCCCCCACCGCCGCCUUGGCUGGAGCCGCCCGGCCAAGCGGGGCAAGAGAGCCGCUGCCCAACCACGCGCCCCCACCCUAGAGCUCAGGACACCCCCCACACCCUCAUGA